GUGGAGCAGCUUGGCAGCAGAUAAAUUAGUUGGCGGCAGUUAGUUAUUAGUAGAACAAAUGCGGUGUGUUUAGUGAGCGUUUUAAGUUGAAAGACAAUAUUUUUUAAGUUUGUUUUGUUUUUAAUUUUUUUUUAUAAGAUAUUCAAAACAAAUUGGUGAAUUUUUUUCUGGCUCCAAAAAUCCCAGCUCGGUUAUCGCGGCGUCAACAAUAACAACAACAUACGAAGAUAUUUAACCAAAAACAGUAACAACAACAAAAUUAAAACAUUAUUAACCCCAAAACGUGCUUAAGAAAUUUAAAUAGAUAACAGAAAUACAAAAACAAUGUCAACUGUUGGUGGUUUUGUUAUUUAUGACUGUGACAUUGGCAUUGAUGAUGCCUGGGGUCUUCUUAUGCUCAUCAAAGGUGAGCAAUUAUUUCGAAAACUCUCGCAGAAUGUUAAAAUCGAUGUGGAGAGAGAACGUUUACCAGAUGUUUAUAAAAUAUUGGCAAUCACCUGUGUACAGGGCAAUACAGAUGUGGAUAGUUGUGCCCAAAAUGCCUUAAGAGUAUUGGAUAGCGUCGAUAGAUUGGAUAUUCCCGUUUAUAAGGGUUGCAAUACCCCGAUUUUACCACGUUCUUGGGAACGCACUAGUUAUUUUUAUGGAGUCGAUGGUUUUGGUGACAUCUCGGAUUUACCCGAAGUUGUCUCUACUCUUCCCCAAACUCAACAUGCGGUUAAUGUUAUGUACUCAAUGGUUUGUACGUAUCCCUAUAUGGUUGAUUUUAUUUUGGUGGGCCCUUUGACAAAUUUCGCUAUGUGUAUUAAUAUGUAUGGCGAUGCGUUUUUGAGUAAAGUUCGUAAUAUCUAUGUAAUGGGUGGCAAUUAUAGAGAAUUUAAUUUUAUGAUGGAUCCCGAAGCUGCUCACAUUGUUUUCGAAAGUGUCAAAGAACAUGUCAUCACUGUGCUGCCCUGGGAAACAUGUGUCGACGGUGAUAUGAACUUAGAAAUGGACUGGCGCAUCAAUGAACUGGGCAAAGUGGAUACAAAAGCCAUGCAACUAAUGAAUACAGUAGAAUGUGCGGUCUAUUUGCCUAAAGGUUUUGUCAAAUGGAUUGUUUGCGAUGCCAUACUAGUGGCAGCAUAUUGUUUUCAAAAAUUGGCCAUUGCCAAACAACGUCUCUAUCACGCAACAGUCGAGCUAAAUGGUACACAUACACGCGGCCAAAUGGUACUCGACCAUUUGCGUAAAGACUUGGAAAAUGCUCAGAUAAUAAUGGACAUGCACAAGGAAAACUACAAACAAAUUAUAUCGUGGACAGGUGGUUUGAUAGAUGAUGCCGAUAUGGAAAAAUGGCUGUUGGCUUUAAAAAUUCCGGCCCGAUUAUCACAACAACAACGAAAAAAGCAGCAACAACAAAAUAAAAACAUUUUAAACCCCAAAACCGAAAAAACCAAUUCAAAAAUAAUGUCAACUGCUGGUGGUUUCGUUAUUUACGACUGUGAUGUUGGUAUUGAUGAUGCUUGGGGUCUUCUUAUGCUCAUCAAAGGUGAGCAAUUGUUUCAAAAACUUUCACAGAAUGUUAAAACCGAUAAGGAGAGAGAGAGCCUACCAGAUGCUUAUAAACUAUUGGCAAUCACCUGUGUGCAGGGCAAUACCGAUGUGGAUAGUUGUGUCCGAAAUACUUUGAGAGUAUUGGAAAGUGUGGAUAGAUUGGAUAUUCCCGUUUAUAGGGGCUGUAAAAAUCCCCUUUUACCCCGUAACUGGGAAUGCAAUCGUUAUGCUUAUGGUGUCGAUGGUUUUGGUGAUAUUUCCGAUUUACCCGAAGUUGUCUCAACUUUACCACAAACCCAACAUGCGGUUAAUGCCAUGUACUCUAUGGUUUGUAUGUAUCCAAAUAUGAUUGAUUUCAUAUUGGUGGGUCCUUUGACAAAUUUCGCCACUUGUAUCAAUAUGUAUGGCAAUGAGUUUUUGAGUAAAGUUCGUAAUAUCUAUGUAAUGGGUGGCAAUUAUAAAGGCAAAGGUAAUUUAACCAAAUGUGCAGAAUUUAAUUUUAUGAUGGAUCCCGAAGCUGCUCACAUUGUUUUCGAAAGUGUCAAAGAACAUGACCUCACAGUGCUGCCCUGGGAAUCUUGUGUUGACGGUGAAAUGAACUUAGAAAUGGACUGGCGCAUUAACGUUCUGGGCAAAGUGGAGACAAAAGCCAUGCAACUUAUGAAUACGGCGGAGUAUGCUGUCUAUUUACCUAAAGGUUUUGUCAAAUGGAUUGUUUGCGAUGCCAUACUAGUGGCAGCUUAUUGUUUUAAAAAAUUGGCUAUUGCCAAACAACGUCUCUACCAUGCCACAGUCGAAUUGAAUGGUACACAUACACGCGGUCAAAUGGUACUCGACCAUUUGCGUAAAAAUAGGGAAAAUGUCCAAGUUGUAAUGGACAUGCACAAGAAGAACUACAAACAAAUUAUAUCGUGGACAGGUGGUUUGAUAGAUGAUGCAGAUAUGGAAAAAUGGCUGUUGGCGAAUAUGUAGAAGGGAAAAAACUAUGUAUGGUUUGAACGUAUGAAAAUAGUCUAACAAACAUACAUGG